AGCGGCAUGGGGGAGGAGCAGGUGCAGCCUGUGCUCCACGCCCUCGACGUCGCCAAGACGCAAUGGUACCACUUCACCGCCAUCGUCGUCGCCGGCAUGGGCUUCUUCACCGACGCCUAUGAUCUCUUCUGCAUCUCCCUUGUCACCAAGCUGCUCGGCCGCAUCUACUACCGCGUCGACGGCUCGCCCGCCCCCGGCACUCUCCCUCCGCACGUCUCCGCCUCCGUCAACGGCGUCGCCUUCGUCGGCACGCUCUCAGGGCAACUCUUCUUUGGCUGGCUGGGCGACAAGCUCGGCCGUAAGCGCGUCUAUGGCAUCACCCUCAUGCUCAUGGUGCUCUGCUCCGUCGCCUCCGCCCUCUCCUUCUCCCACACCCCCACCUCCGUCAUGGCCACUCUCUGCUUCUUCCGCUUCUGGCUCGGCUUCGGCAUCGGCGGCGACUACCCGCUCUCCGCCACCAUCAUGUCCGAGUACGCCAACAAGAAGACGCGCGGCGCAUUCAUCGCCGCCGUCUUCGCUAUGCAGGGCUUCGGCAUCAUGACCGGCGGCCUCGUCGCCAUCCUCGUCUCCGCCUCCUUCAAGGCCGCCUUCCCGGCGCCGCCCUAUGCCGACGACCCCGUCGCCUCCACGCCGCCGCAGGCCGACUUCGUCUGGAGGAUCAUACUCAUGCUCGGCGCGCUGCCAGCGGCGCUCACCUACUACUGGCGCACCAAGAUGCCCGAGACGGCGCGGUACACGGCGCUGGUCGCCAACAACGCCAAGCAGGCCGCGGCCGACAUGUCCAAGGUGCUGCAGGUGGAGAUGGCGGCGGAGGACAAUGAGGCCCGCAGCAGCAGCAGGGGAGGCUUCGGGCUCUUCUCCGGCGAGUUCGCCCGGCGGCACGGGCUGCACCUCCUGGGCACAUCGGCGACGUGGUUCCUGCUGGACAUCGCCUUCUACAGCCAGAACCUGUUCCAGAAGGACAUAUUCAGCGCCGUGGGGUGGAUCCCCAAGGCGGCGACGAUGAGCGCGCUGGAGGAGCUGUUCCGGAUCGCGCGCGCGCAGACGCUGAUCGCGCUGUGCGGCACGGUGCCGGGAUACUGGUUCACGGUGGCGCUCAUCGACGUGGUGGGGCGGUUCAAGAUCCAGGCGGUGGGGUUCUUCAUGAUGACCGUCUUCAUGCUGGGGCUCGCCGUGCCGUACCAGCACUGGACGGCGCCGGGGAACCACGUCGGCUUCGUGGUGCUGUACGCGCUCACCUUCUUCUUCGCCAACUUCGGGCCCAACUCGACGACGUUCAUCGUGCCGGCGGAGAUCUUCCCGGCGCGGCUGCGGGCGACGUGCCACGGCAUAUCGGCGGCGUCGGGGAAGCUGGGCGCCAUCGUGGGGUCAUUCGGGUUCCUGUACCUGGCGCAGAACCCCGGGUACCCGGCGGGCAUCGGCGUGCGUAACUCGCUCUUCCUGCUCGCCGCCUGCAACCUGCUGGGGCUGCUCUUCACCUUUCUGGUGCCGGAGUCCAAGGGCAAGUCGCUGGAGGAGAUGUCCGGCGAGGGCGAGGAGCCCAAUCGCACGGUGCCGCUUGUGUAGCCAUGGCUAGCUGCACCUGCACUGCAUGCACCGAUCGACAUCCAUCCAUCGAUCCAUUCCUUCCUUCCAAACUGCAUGCUUGCUGCUACCUACAUACAUCCAGCCAGUUUGAGACUAGCUACAUCUAUCUAUCUCUCUCU